UUUCAGCCUAAAAAUGCAGAAUCCAAAAUACGGCUCUACAAAGGAGAAGACGCACGCUGCUCGCGUGUCUCGUUUAAUAGGGGAUCCUUGUUCAGAUCUGUUCAGGGACAUUUUAAGGAAUCAUGUCACAGAAAUGGCGUUCCCUGGAGUCCUCCAAAGAGAGAAAAGUAACCUCAGUCCGAUUCUCAAUAGAGCUCAAAGGGAACUUCUCUACCCCCACAAAGGUCAAUUUCAAAAAACUUAUGAAGACUUUGAUCUGUCCUUAUUGUACACCCUAUUGAGAAAUAUUUCAGGAAUAAAUUCACACAGCAAAGGAUGGGGAAAACCACCAGAUCCAGCCGAUCGAUCCAUUUCUGCCAAUAUAGAUCGGAUAAGAGAGAUAAGGAACACUUAUUGUGGUCAUUCUGCUAGUGUGUCGCUCUCUGAUCAAGAUUUUAGUAAUCUCUGGCAGGACGCAUCAGUCAUAAUAGCUGAACUUGAAAAAGCAAUCCCUGAAAGUGGCACGAAAUACUCCUCAGCCGCCAAAAUACUUAAAUCCGAGAAUAUGGAUCCAGAACAAGAAGAAUACCAUUUAGCUGUCAUUGACAAGCAAAAUAUGAUAAUGGAAGAUCUGUCGAAGAAACAAGAAAAGGCUUUCGAAGAGUUUUCGAAAGAAAUGGCAGGUAUUGAACAUUUUAUCAUUAUUAUAUACAUGUAUGUGAUAUCUUGCUAA